CCUGUCUUGGGUCAUGUCUUCCUAAAUAUGUGAGCAUUCCCACCAGGUGGCUCUGCUGGGAAGUUUGUUACGACCUUAUCGAUUCGUCGUCGUUGCAAAAUUUAUCCAAUCAGAUGACUCCUGAUAAGCUCGUCAUGGAAGUGUACCAGAAGGAUCUUGAGAAGUCUCGAGCCGUCUAGAAUAUUGUGAUACUUAGCACGGGAUUAAUCAUAUAAAAGUAUAAAAGUAGCAGUCGAGAUGGCAUUCCAUAGUAUGUUACCGGACGAAUACAAGAACGAACCAUUGCCGCCCGGUUGGGAAAUGUUAUACGAUAAGAAAACAGCGUGGCCUUUUUACGUGAAUCACAACGACAAAACCACGACGUGGAUUGAUCCUAGGAAACGGUAUAGCCGAAUGAAGGCAGGCUUCCCAGGUUUCCGCACCAAGGACGGCAUGCUGGACCCGUUCGGUGAUGGGGACUUCAGCAUUCCCGUCUACCACGAGCAGGCGAGGCCGCGCGCGCAGAACGCAGAGCCCGAACAGCCCGUGGGAACGCCACCUGCCGGGCCGGGCGUCGGUACCUCACUGCCGCGGGUGAGGAACAUCCCGAUACAGAUCGAGCGCAGCGACUCGCGAGGCAGCAGCUCGGCGACGGCCAGCCCGCGUACGAUACCCAGGCAGAAUCACGCGCAGCAGCCGCCGCCCGCCGCCCCCUACUCCAGCAGCCCCGCGAGCGCGCACAGAGCCGAGCCUCAGUGGCCGCCGACGACGACCACGCAGGGCGACGAUGGCUUCCCGCGAGUGUUCUUCGGCAUGGACGGCGGCCCGCAGCAGCCGGCGAUGAUGAUGAACCGCGACGGCGUGCCGCCCCACGGCUUCCACGAGCACCCGCGCCUCGCCGACGGCCCGCCGCCGUCGCACGAGUUCUUCCGGCAGGCGACGUCGCCGCACGUGCGUCGCUCGGCGUCGCCGCGGCCCGACGACGUGUGGCAGCAGCUGCGCGGCGGCGGCCGCUCGCCGGCGAUGAUGCAGCACGGCUGGAACGAUCGCUUCGCGACCCCGCCCCCCGCCGAGUUCCAGCAGCAGCACUGGCCACAGCAUCAUCAGCAGCAGCCACCACAGCAGCAGCAAGAGGGGACGCCGCCGGACGCGCCGGCGAUACCCGAACCAGACUACCAGCUGCAGGAACCGGCGCGUGGCAGCGACGACAAGGUCAACGUGCACGAUCACUCGAUACCCAUCCCGCUUGCGCCCGCCGAGCCCCCGUCCCGCGACGACGUCGACGCCCCCGCGCCACCACCGCCGGCAACGACGAACGGCGACGACAAUGGCGGCCAGGAGGCGCCACCGCACGUCGCGCCAGUGGGGGCGCUCGCGACGAUCGCGGACGUGCACGCCGAGACGCGACUGCUCGUCGACGAGGUGGCCGCGUUCUCGGGCGCCGCCGGCGACAAGCGCUUCCUCUUCCUCGACGAGAUGCUCAUGAGGCAGCUGCUGCGCCUCGACGACGUCGAGACGGCAGGCCGCGACGACGUGCGCGCCGCGCGCCGCGCCGCCGUCCGCGAGAUCCAGUCGGCGAUCUCGCGUCUCGAGGCCAAGUGCUGCCGGCCGUGCGACUACGAUCAGAUCGAGGAGCAUGGCAUGCCGACGUCGCCGCUGCAGACCGACGCGCCGCCGCUGCCGACGAUGAUGGAAGGAGGAGCAGCGGGACAACAGCAGUUAUAGUUGGAUAUUACCGGCGUCGCCACCACUAGGGAGCAGCACGGGACAACAGGAGUCGUAGUCGGGCCCCACCGGCGUCAGCAUCGCUAGAGGGCAGCACAGGACAACAUCAGUCAUAGUCGGACCCCACCGGCGUCGCCACUCCUAUAGACAACAGCAGUUUUAGUUGAGCCCCACUGGCAUCGCUGCCACUAGGGAAUGGCAUGGGACAGCAGCAGUUAUAAUUUGACCCCACUGGCGUGGGACAGAUAGCAGUUAUAGUUGGGCCUCACCAGCGCUGCUGCCACCAGGGGGCGGCACGGGACAACAUCUGUCAUAGUUAGUCGGAUGCCGUUGGACGUUAAUGCCUGGCGUAGAAGGAUGAGAAGAUAGAGCGAUGAGCCGUAGGCAAUAGCCUUGUAGCGGCAGCGAGUUUCCACCAUUGAACGGUAACGUGCACGGAAGUCAAUGAGCUGUGGAGGAUGCGAGAGACAGCAAGUGUGGAGGAAGUAAGAAACUGAAAGUGCAGAGGAAGCAAUAGACGGAAGCUGUAGAGAAAGGUGGAAACGGGAAGUGUAGAGGAAGCAAGAAACAACAAGUGUAGAGGAUACAGUGCUCAGAUGGCAACUGUGGAGUAAGUGAGAAACAGCAUCCCUAGAGAAUGCAAGAGACACCAUAGGUGGGGCAAGAAACAGCAUCUGUAGAUGGUGUGACAGAGAGAGAGAGAGAGACAGACAGACAGACAGAAGCCAUAGAGGGAGCGAGUAAGAAAGAAAGAGAAGAAGAGAUGGAGAGAGCGUGAGAUAAAGACUGAGUCGUUGUCCUGCAACCGUAGAAAGAGCGAUCGCCCCACGCGCACGUGUGCUAAUGUAGUGCUUCAUAGUUGCAUGUGUGCUUACAAGAGUUGCUGCAGCAGCAGCCGCAGCAGCAGCAACAGCCGCAGCAGCAGCAGCAGUGGAAGCUGCUCAGCAAGGAACCCGCUUCGUGAUAAACGCCGCCGCUCGCCCGCAAGCUUGCCCAGCAUCGAUUGUCCCCGUUGUUGGACCAUAGGCUCCCACGUAACCCGAGUCUAGGACCCGUGUGCAUCGUCUAUUUAUCUAACCUGGCAGCUUGGCAGCUAUAUCGUGUCAAUGGUCGUUGUUGUCGUCUCGCUUUUGCUCUCGUGAGAGUCGUACAUUUUUGCACUUUAAGCAGCUUACGCGGUCGUGCGUGAAGAUUGUGCUCAUCUAGAUGGAAACUCUCUCAAAUCGUUCGCAGUCGUGUGAAGUUGAAUCUCAAAGAUGUGAAGAGAUUUGUUUUUGCGGAUUUGCCGGAUUUUUUUCGGUUCAGUUUAAGUUAAUCUUUUGCAGAUAAAGGAGUUUAGUAAUUGUGUGAAUAUUAAAAAAACUGGCGAAAGUUUAAAAAACUAACUGUUGGAGAGAUGCAACUGGUGAACUGUGAAACUAAUAUAUGCUAUAUGCACCUGUUAGUAAAAUUAUAAACGCACAUAAAAAUUUGCUAAUCCUAGUAUGUUAUGCACGAUGGUUGUGUUUAGAACUGUAUCUCGUACAUAGUAAAAAUGAUCUUGUACAAUAAUAUGUAGGUAUUUAUGUAGCUAUAAUGGCAGUGGCAGAGGUUGAUCAGUGAGAGAUAUUUUUAAAUUGGUGUCAAUCCGUAGAGGAAGAAAUUAUUGGUUGUUGUUGCAUAAAAGGUUUAUAUAGCAUUUCGUUGCUGAGAUUAAUGGAGGAAUGACUUGCGGCCAAAUAGCAAGUUAUGUUGUAGAUUACAUGUUAUGUUUUCACGGCAUAAAAAAUGUCAUAAAAUGGAGCAAUAGGUUAUCUUUUCGUGUUGUGUUGUUCAUUCACGGCUGCGAUUUCCUAUGUGUAGUCUAAAGACUGCAUACUACAGCGAAAUAGAGUGUGCUGCCAUCUGGUGAACCUUUUUGAAACUCAAACUUAGCUAGCCAAUCAAAAAUUGUUGGUUUCGAUCAUAGAAAUAAUAUAGAUAACCAUAUUAUUUCUAUACGUGUAUCUAUAUUAUUUCUAUGGUUUCGUUGCGUGCUGUCCUGUAAAUGUUGUGAUUCGGUAUUCGGUAUUCGGUGUGUGGUAUUCGGGUAUUAAUUGAGUGAUUCAUCCAUUGCCGUGUUGAAUUUAUGUGCAUUGCAUUGUGCCCUCAACAGGCUCUUAACAGGAGGUUGCAGCGUCUAGUUUUCUAAAAGAAUUCUAAAAAGUGUAAAUUAUUGCGGUGUUUGUUUUUGCUAUUAAACGCUAUUAUUUAAUUAUUCAGAGCCAACAAUGUUCGAUUGGGUGUGUUCUAAAUUUAGUGGCAAAUUUUCGCUACAUAGUUCCUUUGAUAUUAUAUGCUCGCAAUCUCAGACCCUGUACACGGUGUCAAGCCAUGCUAUGAACAUAUUUAUACUCAUCAUAAUAUAUAAGGAACCAAUGUAUAAUCAUACAUUAUGUGUUCAGGGCGAUGUCUGAUAUCAGAACCUGUAGCUCACUGAUUACUGUGAAUAUAAAAUGCCUCGCAACAUC